GAAUUACAAUUCACAGGAAAUGGCCUAGCUGAAAGUCUGUAACACUACAUGGCUACCAAGCUAUCGAUGCAUAUUUGAAAUCCUGCAAGGCAGAAAGAUGUAAUUCUGGAUGCAUUCGCUGUGGAGACGAGGAUAACGUUUCAGGGCCGUGUAACGUCAUCUAUAAUUCACAGUGAAGUUGUUCUUUCGCUGCGUGUGUCACUGAGUGCUCAACCUGUGCCGGACCCGGACCGGGGAGCAGUGACCGAGCGCGCGCCUAGCUCACGAGCGUUCCAUGGCUGAGGUGGCGAGAAAGCGGCCUCUCAUAGCUGCCAGGGUGACGGGGCCUGGACCGGGGCGGUAUGUUCUUCCCCCAACCAUCGGCUACGUGAACCACGACUACACCAAGCCCAGCAGUCCGGCGUAUUCCUUCCACAGCCGCUUGAGCAGCAACAUGGUAUCUGUAGACUCCAGUCCUGGCCCUCUGUAUCAUGUGGAUUCUAAAAUCACUCGCUUUGGACGAGACGGCAUUCCAUCUUACUCCAUGCUGGGCAGGAAGAAGCUCGGGGCUGAGACCUUCCAAACUCCUGGUCCAGGAGCCUACAGUCCAGAGAAGGUCCCCCUGUUGAACAACCACCGCCAGCCGCCCUCCUACACCAUGGCCUUCCGCACCCGCUACCGCUGCACGGACCCGGUGCCUGCCCCCAACCGCUACACCCUCCCCAACCUUAUGGGCUCGCGUGUGCCCAACAAGUGCUCCAGCGCAAGCUACUCCAUGCUGGCACGCAGGAAACCCGGAGGGCCGUCAGAGGACCUGGCCCUGACGCCUGGCCCAGGGCACUACAACAGUACGGACCCCAGUGUCUAUCUGUGCCGGCAGCCGUCUUUCUCCAUCCAGAGCCGCCACAGCAUCCCCACCGACACCAUGUGGACGCCUGGCCCGGGAACUCACAGCCCGGAGAGGGUCACGGCGCACCUGCCUCGGCCGCCGUCUUUCUCGCUGGGAGUUCGGCACACAGAGUUUGUCACACCACUUGUUGUAGAUGUCAUUGACUGA